AUGGAGCCUCAUCACGCAAACAAGCCAAAGCCAAAGCUCAGCAUGAAGCAUUCCAAGUUCAUCUCCUGCAAGCUCUACAUUUCUGAAAGCCGCAAUGCUAUGGCUGUGGACGCAAUCGAGCGUGCAAGCAAGAGUGAUGCUCAAGUUGUUGUCGUCAGCCAGUUUGGGGAUAAUCACUACAACCGUUUCCGCUAUACACUUGUCUCCUACAUCAUCGACGACAGAUCAACUGGAGAAGUGAUAUAUAGUCCAAUCAGGAAGGUGUUGCUAGCAAUGAUUGAGGCUGCAUUUUCAACCAUAGACCUUGAAUCACAGUCAGGAGCGCAUCCAAGGAUUGGUGUCGUCGAUGACCUGUCUUUCCACCCCUUGGGUCAAGCCACAAUGGAGGAUGCUGCUUCUUUGGCUAAGCAGGUAGCAUCUGACAUUGGAAAUGGCUUACAAGUCCCAGUAUUCCUGUAUGCGGCAGCCCACCCAACAGGAAAGUCUGCGGGUGCAAUACGGCGUGAACUUGGCUACUACCGGCCAAAUUACAAGGACAAUCAGUGGUUAGGUAGCAUGCUCCCUGAUGUUCUGCCAGUUAAGCCUGAUGUUGGUCCAACUCAUGUCUCACAUAAGAGAGGUGCCACAACAGUUGGUGUUACACCUUGGAUUGAGAACUACAAUGUCCCGGUACUGUCUAAGGACGUCGCAACUGUGAGGAGGAUUACCCGCAGGGUGAGUGGACGGGGUGGAGGGCUUCCCACGGUGCAAGCUCUUGCACUCUUCCAUGGAGAUGAUUGCACAGAGAUUGCAUGCUUGUUGGAUCCAGAUCAUGUCAGUGCCUAUCAAGUUCAGACCGUGGUGGAGCAGAUUGCAGGAGAGCAAGGACUUGAAGUUGAGCAGGGGUACUCCACUGACAUAACAAAGGAUGCAAUGCUCGAUAAGUAUUUGAAGAUUACUUGUGCUGAUGAUUGA